AACGGGCGCGUUCACAUACGACCUUGUUGUUGUUUAAUGAGUGCGGCUGCGCGCUAGCCCAAUGAUCUCGCUGUAGCUGACGCUACUCUUGGAGGAAAAAACAAGAACCCGCCGACUUAAAGCUAGAGGCCCGACACUUUGUAUUGUUUAAUAUCGAUUUAUAAAUUCACAACAGGCUAACGCGAGACAUUCAACGACAACCCCAGUCAAGCGACCAGGCACCGUACUCCGUAUGUGAUCGUCCUUGCUUGUCAUCGGACGCCGUUAGCAAAGGCCAAGCGACAAAAUCGUUUAUCGACAUUAUAUGAUCCAACGUCCCGAGUCAGGUAUACCCUCCAUGUGGGUGAGGGAGCUGUGUGUGUCGGACUAUGGCGAGAAAAACAGUUAGCAGGAAAAGAAAGGCAGGGGAGCCCAAGGACCAACAACAACAGCAGGGCUGGUGUCAGGCACCAUACAAGCGGAGCCGUGUCUCUUGUUCAUCGCGUCAUGUGCAGUGGUGGUGCAGUAGACACUCAGUGGUCUGUGCCCUCCGAGGGCGAGAGUUCAGACCUCAGCAGCAGCAUGAAUUGCAGCUCCAGCGGAGCCUGCGUGGGUUUGCUGCCGGCAGGCUCCCCGGCAUCCUGAAGGAGAGGGAGUUUUCUCUUGGGCGUCUCAACAAAGUAUUUGCCUCACAAUGGCUCAACCAACAGCAGGUUGUGUGCGGGACCAAAUGCAACACGCUUUUUGUAACCAACGUCAUGACUGGGCAGAUAACUCGCAUUCCCAUGCUCAAGGACAGGAUAUGUCACGGCGGAGGUUCCGUGGUAGGGCCAGUGCAGCAUUACCACUCCACAGCAAGCUCUCAUUCCCGGCUGGACCAGCAGGGUUGUGGGAUCCAUGCUAUCGAGAUCAACCCUUCCAGAACCCUCCUGGCGACUGGAGGAGACAACCCCAACAGCUUAGCCAUCUACCAGUUGCCCACAUUGGACCCGGUCUGUGUCGGAGAUGAUGGCCACAAUGACUGGAUCUUCUCGAUAGCAUGGAUCAGUGACAGGAUGGCUGUUUCUGGUUCCCGGGAUGGCUCCAUGGGUUUGUGGGAGGUGACGGAGGAAGUAAUGAGCCAGGCUCAGCACAGUCAAAGCGAGGGGGCUGUGCCUUCCUAUGCCCAUAUCUCACACCGUGCCCUCAAAGACAUCCCAAAGGAAUACACCCACCCAUACAACUGCAAAGUCCGUGCUUUGGCCUUCAAUAACAACCACAAAGAGCUGGGUGCUGUCUCUUUGGAUGGUUACUUUCACCUCUGGAAAGCUGAACACACCUUGUGCAAGCUUCUGUCUAUCAAGCUGCCUCACUGCAAAGAGAAUGUGUGUCUGGCCUAUGGACAGGACUGGUCAGUAUAUGCUGCAGGAUCUCAGGCCCAUGUCUCUUUUUUGGAUCCACGGCAGCCGACACACACUGUCAAGUCGGUCAAUUCCAGAGAGAGAGGAAGUGGGAUCCGUUCUGUGAGUUUCUAUGAGCACAUUGUGACAGUCGGCACUGGUCAAGGUUCGCUUCUCUUCUUCGACAUCAGGGCCCAGAGAUUCCUAGAGAAUCCAUUGAUUCCAAAUGGAGGCUACAGGAAGUGCUCGGGGGAUGGCAUUCUCAAGCUCACGACAGGGAAAGGCUGGCUGAAUCAUGAUGAAACAUGGAGGAGUUACUUCUCAGACCUUCACUCGUUUCCUAACGCUGUGUACACACAUUGCUACGACGACUCCGGCACCAAACUGUUUGUAGCAGGCGGACCGCUCUGUUCUGGCUUACACGGGAACUACGCGGGACUGUGGAGCUAGCCUUGUCAUUAGGAUACAAUGACAUCCUUGUACACAUUUUUUUUUUAUUAAACCAAUCCCUCCA